GUCCUCCCGGGGAAGGCAGGAGGGGGUUUCAAACCCCUCCGUUCCACCGGGCCUGAUUGGGCGGCCGGGAUUCGAAAGGGCGUGGUCGGCCCGGGCCAAAGGCUAUAAAGUCCCUUGCUAGGCACUAGCCCAGCUCCAGUGAGGGUGGGAGGCGAUUGGAGAGAAGCCAGGAGGGGGAAUCCCUGCAAGGGAACAGCCCAGAUUGGGGGGGCCAGGUAGAGGGAAAGGGGGGGAGCCUGAUUGGCAUAGGUGGGGAGGGGGGGGGCCUGGGAGGAGACCCUGCCUCUCCCCACCCUGCAAAGCAAAGGGGUGAGCUCUAUAGGGUUGGGCCACCCUUUUAGGGCUGGGGGGGUAACCCCCAGAUUUAGGGGGUGCCCUGCCUGUGCAGGGGGCACCUGGUCUCUGCUAACCUCAGGCCAGACCCACCGCCAUGAACUCGAACGUGGAAAACCUGCCGCCUCACGUCAUCCGGCUGGUCUACAAGGAGGUCUCCACCCUGACGUCGGACCCACCGGAGGGCAUCAAGGUCUUCCCCAAUGAGGAGGACAUCACAGAUGUCCAGGUCACCAUCGAAGGACCCGAGGGGACGCCCUACGCUGGGGGUGUCUUCCGCAUGAAGCUCAUCCUGGGCAAGGAUUUCCCGGCUGCGCCGCCCAAGGGCUACUUCCUCACCAAGAUCUUCCACCCCAACGUGGGGGCCAGCGGCGAGAUCUGCGUCAACGUCCUCAAGAAAGACUGGAAGGCAGAGCUGGGCAUUAAGCACGUGCUGCUGACCAUCAAGUGCUUGCUGAUCCACCCCAACCCUGAGUCGGCCCUGAACGAGGAAGCAGGGCGCCUCCUCCUGGAGAACUACGAGGAGUACGCCGCCCGGGCCCGCCUGCUGACGGAGAUCCAUGCCCAGCCCUCCAGCCUGCGGGGGGCCAGCAAGGAUCCUGCUGACCCCUGCUCCUCCUCGGCCACUGCCCUGGCCCCCGGGGGCGAGGGCCCCAUGGCCAAGAAACAUGCCGGCGACAGGGACAAGAAACAGCUGGCGAAGAAGAAGACGGACAAAAAGCGGGCACUACGGCGGCUCUAGGGGUGCACGGGGCCUGGCACGAACCAUGGACUAGUGGGGGGCGGGGGGGGUUGGGGAGAUUCAGGCAGGGUUCUAAUAAAACUGUCCCUUUUCCCAGCUUUUUGUUAAGACGCUUUGGUAUUUUACCCUUUUUUCAAUCUUAAGUUAUUUAAGUUAUAAAAAAAAAAAAAAUCUAUUAAAGGACUUUUUUUCUA